GCGCUCAGUACAGGUGUUCCGAUUUAAAGUGCAAAUAUAUAAAGGUCUCUUCUGACCCGGAGAUACUGGCAGGUACGGUGUCAGUAGAAUCAUUGUCUGUCAGACAACAGACAUCAAGAUGAAGCUCCUAAUUCUCGUUCUUUCUGUCACCAUGGCAACGGCCAUGGAUCCUGAGUGGGAGGCUUUCAAACUCACACACGGCAAGCAAUACAACAGUCCAGAAGAGGAGAAUGUCAGGCACGUCAUCUUUCAGGACAACAACCAGAUGAUCAAGGAACACAACCAGGAGGCAGCCAUGGGCAGGAGGUCCUACUUCAUGGGCAUGAAUCAGUUUGGAGAUCUGGCACACAGUGAGUAUCUGGAGUUUGUCGUUGGUCCCGGCCUGCUGCCGCUGAACCAGUCUCAGCCCUCCGAGAAUGUCUUCGAAGGCACCCCGGGGCUCCAGGUUGACGACACCGUGGACUGGAGGCAGAAGGGCGCCGUAACGCCCGUCAAGGACCAGGGAAAGUGCGGGUCAUGCUGGGCCUUCAGCACUACCGGCUCCCUGGAAGGUGCACACUUCCUGAAGACGGGUACGCUGGUGUCUCUCAGCGAACAGAACCUGAUAGACUGUACUAGUACAUACGGCAACAAGGGGUGCUAUGGUGGGGACAUGGACCAGGCCUUCAAAUAUAUCAAGGAGAACCGCGGCAUCGACACAGAACAGUGCUACCCCUACUAUGGAAGGAACUUGGCUUGCCGGUACCAACACAAGUGCAGUGGAGCCACUAUGUCCAGCUACACGGAUAUCAAAGCUGGGGACGAGAUGGCCCUGAUGCAGGCUGUCGGCACAGUCGGACCGGUUUCCGUGGCUAUCGACGCCAGUCACAAGUCCUUCCAGUUCUACAAGAGUGGUAUUUAUUAUGAGUCGGACUGCAGCUCCAAGAAGCUGGACCAUGGAGUGUUGGCGGUGGGCUACGGCUCCAUGGACGGCAAGGACUACUGGCUAGUCAAAAACAGCUGGGGGUCUGCAUGGGGUGAUAUGGGAUACGUCAAGAUGACCCGUGACAAGAACAACCAGUGCGGCAUCGCCACCAGGGCUAGCUACCCUGUGGUCUGAUGGAAACUCGUGGAUAGCACCUUGGCGAUCCUCUGAAGCAAAAUAACUAGGACAGCUACAUUUCCUUGGGACUGUUGUUUUCAACAUAUAUUGCUGUGUCCGCAUAUGUAAAAACUAUGUGCAAUAAAGGUCUUCAUUUAAUAUCAGCCGUAGAUGUCAUGAGUUGUACUUUAUACAAUUGUCAUGCAGUAAAGUCUAUAUCUAGCUUGUAAGGACUUUUACUAAAUAAAACAAUAAAAGAGAUGUUGAAAAA